AUUUGGGAUGCUUUUAAUGGGCUAGCGCUUGCCAGCCCGUCCGGUACUGCUCAACAACACCGCUUUGCUCUCUUUCUUCAUUCUCUUCUUCCAUGGCUCAAACAAAAUCCCAUUCUCGGUCCUCUCUUGAUAGGUUCUCUCCUAUCAACUUGAAACCUGUCCAAGACGAUGCCUGGUCAAACAUAUUCAAACCACCUCUCAACGAGUCUGUCGAGGAGAAACAAGACCGCAUAGCCCGCCAGCAGGAGGCUCAGCGUGUCUCUCGGGAAAUAGACGAGGGUAUCUUAGAGUCCAAGAAGCUAUUCGACAAGAAGAAGAAGGCUAUCAAGGUCCUGUUACUAGGGCAAGCUGAGUCCGGGAAAUCAACAAUGUUACGAAAUUUCCAGCUCGCAUUUUGUCCGACCUACUUCCAUGGCGAAGCACUCAUAUGGAAGACCAUCAUACAACUCAACCUCAUUGGUUCUGUGAAAAAGCUCCUUUCGAUUGUCGAGGAUGAGCUAGAAAUAUCAGGUCCACGCUCCCGGUCCCCUAGUACUGGCUCAUCAUCGUCAUCAUCUUCAUCACUUUCAGAUCACCACCGGCGUACACGAAUGCGCCUUCUCCCCUUGUUGUCCAUGGAGACAAAUCUCACACGGCAACUGCUCCCAGAACACUACGACCCUUCACGAACGCCCGAGAUCUGCGUGCGGGCCGGUAGCGGAUGGAAAACCGUUUUGGAGAAAGUUACAUUGGAACGACGGGUUCCUUCCACUGGCCAGCGUCGCCCAAUGACGAAUGAUGGCAGAAGCAAGGAUGAUCCGACUUUGGUGCUUGCUGCGUCCAAGAAUGAUAUCAUUUCCUUGUGGGAGGACGAGAUCGUUCGCCAAGUACUCAAGAGACGUGGGGUACGAUUGGAAGAUUCUCCCGGUUUUUUUCUGAAUGACACGGUGAGAAUCGCGACUGUGGAUUACGAGCCUACAGAAGCGGAUAUCGUACGAGCCAGGUUACGCACGUUUGGUGUAGAGGAACAUCGCUUCCUACAAGAUAAUGGUUCAGAGUGGUACAUUUACGAUGUCGGCGGCAGUAGAAGUAUGCGACCCCAGUGGGUGCCCUACUUCGAUGACGUUCAAGCUAUCAUUUUCUUGGCGCCCCUAUCAUUCAACCAAGUCCUCGAUGAAGACAGACAAGUGAACCGACUAGAGGACUCGAUAUAUCUCUGGAAGGAAGUUUGCACGAAUCCCCUCCUCUCGCGUGCGAACAUCAUCCUGUUCCUUAACAAAAUGGACAUUCUCCAGAAAACACUCGCAGCGGGGAUCAAAGUAGUAACAUAUGUGCCGAGCUAUGGAAGUACACCUAACGACGUGGAAAACGUGACGAAAUACUUCAAGGAGAAGUUCCGAGCUUAUCACAAACGAUUGUCCCCGAGACCACGGACGUUCUUUUGUCAUGAGACGUCUGCCAUUGAUACGAAGGCCACACAGGCUGUAUUGGCCGGCGUCCGUGAUGGAAUUUUACGCCAUCAUCUUGAAGAGCUCAAUGUCAUCUGAUUAUCAUCUGCACCCCUCUGCACCCGCGCCCCUCUGUGAACGCCUUCAUUCUUAUCGCUUGUUGUUGUGAUGCGCUGUAGUGUCAUCUGGGCAGAUCUAUUAUUAUUUAUAUCUACCAUCUUGUGUUUUUUUUUUCAUCCCUAACUAAUCUCUGUUGUACUGGGUAAUUAUAAUAUCACGACCUCAAGAUACGUGAAGGGUCGCAGUGCGGAAUUACAGUUCAUCUCCACGGCAU